GCGGCGGUAUAUGUGUUCGCUGAAGCCGGUGAUCAACCCUCCUUUUCCAACAUGUCGGUGUACGGGCCAGUGGUGAAAAUUCACCCCGUCGUUCUCGCCUCUAUCUGCGACUCCUACGAGCGAAGAAAUGAGGGAGCAAGUCGUGUGAUUGGGACCCUCCUGGGUACUAUUGACAAGCACUCCAUCGAGGUCACCAACUGUUUCUCUGUCCCUCACAACGAGUCAGAAGAUGAGGUGGCUGUGGACAUGGAGUUCGCCAAGAACAUGUAUGAGCUUCACAAGAGGGUUUCCCCCACGGAGGUCAUCAUUGGAUGGUACGCCACAGGCUUUGACAUCACAGAGCACUCGGUGCUCAUCCACGAGUACUACAGCCGCGAGGCCACCAACCCCAUCCACCUGACCGUGGACAGCGCCCUGCAGAGCGGCAAAAUGAACAUCCGCGCCUACGUCAGUGCACAGAUGGGUGUGCCAGGAAAGACUGUCGGUGUGAUGUUCACCCCGCUGACUGUCAAGUAUGUCUACUAUGACACCGAGAGGAUAGGAGUGGAUCUUCUCCAGAGGACUCGCGUGUCUCCCAACCGUACCAAGGGUUUGACCUCUGACCUGUCCCAGGUGGCCGGCUCUGCAGCGAGGGUUCAGGACAUGUUGGCCACUGUGCUCGCAUACAUUGAGGAUGUGCUGUCUGGCAAAGUGACGGCCGAUAACAGCGUGGGCCGUUUCCUGAUGGACCUGGUCAACAAGGUUCCCACCAUCCCAGCCGAGGACUUUGAGAACAUGCUCAAUUCCAACAUCAACGACCUGUUGAUGGUGACCUACCUGUCUAAUCUCACCCAAGCGCAGAUUGCUCUAAAUGAGAAGCUGGUGGUGCUGUGAGCGGAUUUCUUGUUUAAAAGUGGUUCAUAUUUAAUUUUUGUACUUUUUUUUUUUUUUUUUUGGGCUGAGAUAAAUAAAGACAUUUAACAGUCA